GCGGCGCGGGCACCGCGCGGGGAGCGUCCCGUACACCCGCACGGAGCGUCCCCUCCACCCGCACGGGGAGUGAGUGUCCCCACAACCGCUCGCUGCGUGAGAGUCCCCACCGCCGCACGGUGACUGAGUGUCCCCCACAGCCGCACGGAGCGUGUCCCCCGCAGCCGCUCGGGAACUGAGCGUCCCCGCAGCCGCUCGCUUUCCCGGGGAGCUUUGUGUUUCUGUCAGCGACAAGAUGACAAUUCAUAUUUCUACCAAAUGAUCCAGUGACUCAUCCUAUUAACUCUGCUGGAAUACACACUCCCAGUCGUCCUGCCACGCCAACCAAUAUCACAAUGACUGAGGACUUGGACCACAGAUUCAGUUAUCUCACCUGGGAUCAGAUUAAAAUCCUGGAUCAGGUUUUGACCGAGGCUAUACCUAUUCAUGGGAGAGGAAACUUUCCGACCCUGGAGGUAAAGCCGAAGGAUAUAAUCCAUAUGGUAAAGGAGCAGCUCAUUGAGAAGCAGAUCCAUGUCAGGGACAUCCGCCUGAAUGGUUCCACUGCCAGUCACAUCCUGGUGAAGCACAAUGGCACCAGUUACAAGGACCUGGACAUCAUUUUUGGAGUGGAACUUCCCAGUGAGCUCGAGUUCCAGGUGGUUAAGGAAGCAGUUCUCAAUUGCCUAUUGGACUUCUUGCCAAAAUGCGUCAACAAGCAAAAAAUCACGGCUCAGACCAUGAAAGAUGCCUACGUGCAGAAGAUGGUCAAAGUCUCCACCGACCACGACCGCUGGAGCCUCAUCUCCCUGUCCAACAACAGCGGCAAGAACGUGGAGCUGAAGUUCGUCAGCUCGCUGCGGCGGCAGUUCGAGUUCAGCGUGGACUCCUUCCAGAUCAUCCUGGACUCCAUCCUGGCCGUCUACAGAGCCUCAGACCGGCCCCUGACACAGGACUGCCACCCCGCCGUCAUCGCCGAGAGCAUGUACGGGGACUUCAACCAGGCCAUGGACCACCUGAAAUACAAACUGAUCUCCACCCGGAACCCGGAGGAGAUCAGGGGAGGCGGCCUCCUGAAGUACAGCAACCUCCUCGUCCGUGACUUUAAGCCGGCGGAUGAGGCUGAAAUUAAAUCUCUGGAACGUUACAUGUGCUCCAGGUUCUUCAUUGAUUUUCCCGACGUUGCCGAGCAGCAGAGGAAAAUCGAGUCCUACCUGCGCAACCACUUCAUCGGGGAGGAGAAGAGCAAGUAUGACUACUUGAUGACCCUGCGUGGGGUGGUGAACAAGAGCACAGUCUGCCUCAUGGGGCACGAGCGAAGGCAAACCCUCAAUAUGAUCACAAUCCUGGCUUUAAAAGUGCUCGGAGAACAGAACAUCAUCCCCAACGCGGCCAACGUCACGUGCUACUAUCAGCCUGCUCCCUAUAUCAGUGACAGAAACUUCAGCAACUACUACAUUGCCCAUGGACAACCCCCUGUGUUCUACCAGCCGUACCCUUUCCACAUACAGCUACAGAGCGGGAUGGUGUAGGAACGCUCCAACCUCCAAGCACUCACCGCUCCUCUCUUUCCAGUUCUCUCCUUAAUAAAGGCCUCAUUAAAGCGAGUUUUAUCAGCACUUUUGAGUUAAGGACAUAUUUUUGUGCAAGUUGCCAAAGUUGUUUGGUUGGUCAAUGUCUAACUCACCAUUACGCAGGUGAAAUACGUGAAGCGUCUGUCAUUCGUGAAGUGUUUAUACCUUGACGUGUGUUUGGGCUGUAUUUUUUUGCAAUGAAAAGAGAAGGAUAUAAAUUAUUCUAAUUUUGUAAAAAAGAAAUGCACUAAGUUCUGGGUUCUAAAAGAAAAAGAAAUUCUUAAGCAAAAUUUAAAUGGUGUCAAUGAAAACUGAAACCAAUGAAAUACCUCUCUGUAGAAAUGCCUGAUGUUAGAAGGGACAGUGCUCUGGGUGUGUCAAAGUCAAUCAUCCCUUGGUUUUAACCAUGCAAAGUUCCAGCAACUUUUAUUUGCAGCACCUUUGAAAACACACAUUGCUGGGUCAUCUCUUGGUGGCUGAUCGUUCCUCAGGUCAGUCAGAGACUCGGGGUCCCUCCCCUCCCCAGAGUACUGGUUUGUACUGGUGAGCAGGAAAUGCCCCUACCAAGAACAGACUCGGCAUUUUGUGUAUCUGAAAUUUCCACUGAUCCCAGGGAAAGAUUUGGCUGCUCAAGUCAGGCAGCAUCAGAGCCCAGGAUCUGCCUCACAGGUAACAAAAGCUCUAAGAGGUACAACUACUCUGAUUAAAUUGGUUUUGAAAACCAAGGCAAGAGGAUGAAAAAGGAGGUGAAAACUGAGCAGAAUGGGCUCACUUUCUCUCACUAAUUUGUUAUUGAUCACAGCUGCUUUAAUGCACAACAAACAGAGUCAGGAAAAAACUCCAAAAGCCCAGGACUGGCGCUAUUUUUAGGUGAAUUAAAACAAAUCCUUGGCAGUGGCAUUUGAAAAACUGUUUUAUACUGGUAAAGUCCUAUCUGUGUUUAGAUACCUGCACACAUCCACCGGUAGCAAACGAGGAUUUACGAUCAGGAAGCAAAACAUGAAUUAUACAUUUGUGUGUGUGUGUGAGUGUUUACCAAAGAUAAGUUUUAAACAUGUCACAUAAGUGCCUCCCUGUGCCAGUUGCUCCAUGAAAUGCUGGAAAUGGUGCCAGAGAGCUCCUAAAUUAUGGAAACAUGGAAAAGGAAACACUCCCUGGGGUGGCAGAGUGUUUGUAGCAGCAACGGGCAGAGGGUUUGCUCCAGGAUGAGCAGGUUUGGGACAGAUGGAUCUGAGGUGGGGUCACCAAAACCAAACUUGGGAAAAGGAAUAUGGAACAAGAAAGACUAGCAGGAAAAGGAGGUUUGGAAGGGGUGUGGGUAUAAAAUGGGAACAGCCAACUGGAAAUGCAAACUGUAGAGUCUCUUACAUCGACUUUGUGUGUCGCUGUGUUGUCCCUGUCGCUGCUCAUCCUCAUCUCCUGCUCCAGAGCAGUGGCUGCAUUGCAUCCAUUUACAACAGGUGUCAGACCUUGGGAAUUCCUUCUACUUGGGCACAAGAGUUUGAUUUAUUUUACAGAGAAAUGUGGUCCAUAAAUGUGCUGUUUUGAAUCCAACAUUUCUAAAUUUUCUAAGGUCUGUGAAGUCCGAUUGCUGGUGAAAUGUAGCUUCCCUUUUCCCCAUUAUAUUCCUGUAGAUUUGAACAAAGAAUUGUUCAAAGACCAUCAUCACUAAAGUUAACUUUUUUUCUGUAAAAUACAGUGCAAAAAACUGGUAUUUAUACAACAUAAGAAGGGUUUGCUGAUGAAUCUGAUUCAUUUUGUGAUGUCUUUCAUGAACAGAGUACUGUUACUUUUGCUGAUGUUUCAGGUAUGUCCAAUUUGGUGUCUGAAAGCACACUUUAUUCCACUUCCACUAAGAUCUUUCCAUUGGUUAACUAUAAUUAAUAAAACCAUCAAUUCUAAUUGCUCUGUGAUCAGCUAUGGUAACACCAUGUCUGCAUGAAAGCACUUCCAGGGAAUUCCCCCUGUCAGGAGCAAAAUGGAGUGAGACAUGGUGGAUUCCUUUCAUUUCUGUUUUAAUUGAACUGUCAGGAUGACAAAGGGAACCUUUCCAUUUCGUUUGGUGUUUGCCAUGUUAAAUAGCACUGUGAAAUUCUGUAAGAGCCUUACGUGGGUCAUGUCCCUGCUACUGCUUGGGAUCUGCAGGGAUGAGGAGCUGAGAGCUGGGCUGGGGAAUCUGUGGGAAUCAGGCAUCCAAAUGCCUUAAAUUUCAGGAGGAAGGGGGCUCCUAAUCUCUUUAGAUUUGUUGGAAAGUCUCAGUCCAUCUGCACUGACCUGUGACCUUAAUGUAGUGUUGCCACAUUGAUUUAUUACUCCUCCACUCCUGGUUUCCGUGGUUGCUGGGUGGAAAAAUGGGUUGAUCUUCCCAAGAACCAGGGAACAGGACAGGCAGGAAGGAGCAUUUUCAGCAUGUCUUGCAUGGCCAGUGAUCCAAAACCCAGAAAAAUUCUUCAAUAAGGUGUUCUUUAACCAACAAGUAGAAACAUGCAUUGGGUAAAGCACUAAAAUACUUUUAAAAUCAGAUAUUGUGGAAGUAUCAGGAGUGGUGAACUCACUGUGGAUUUGUAUAAACCAGCCUGUGCACUUGUACAGAACUUUAUUUAAAUAUAUAUUGAAUUCUGUCACCUCUCUGUUGAUCCAGGUUAGGUAAGGAAGGGCUCAGCCAAAGUCCUUGGAGCUGGUGGGAAGAACCCACCUGACUGCAAUGGGCUUUGUACCCCAGGAAAGAGGAAAGACUUUGGGGAGCACCCACAGGCAAAGGUACAAAGACAUCAAUAUGCAAAAAUCUCUCAGGUAUAAAUAAACCCUUUAGAUUUAUGGAAGAAGGUCUAAUAUUUCUUACCUAGAGAUAGUUCAGUUCUGAAGGUUGAGGUUGUGAUUUUGUAUAUGUAAGCAUAUACAUAUAUGUAAUUUAUUUAGCCUUACAUAUAUAAAAUCUCGUGUAUCUACACCUACAGGGGCAAUUAACAAAACCUGAUGGUUUUAAUUAUUUCCUUCCAGAUGUUCUAUUGAUACCUGGCAGCAGUAAUUAACCUGGAGGGGCUUUUUUUGUUCAAGGUCAUAAUGACUCUGUAAAGUAAUAUUAAAAAGGGGAUGAUGUAUUGAUUGCUGUUUGCUAAACACUGAUAUCAGUGUGUAGGAUGAAAUAUUGGAACCUCUUCUCCAGUUGUUACUGAUUUUAUCAUGUGCAGAUCUAAAUCUACAAAGAAUUGAGAGUUUUCUCAGUGCCAGUCUCCUGAGCUUCAUGUUUGCAUUAUAAUUAUAUCUCGUUGUUACAAUCUGUUCAAUGAUUAUAAUGCCUGGAAAUUGUAAUGCUGAUUUUAUUUAAUCACAAAACUUCUUAGGGUUUACAGCUUAAAGUAAUCUAAUGUUGUCAGGACCUAAGUGUAACAGUUUCAAGUGCUUUCCUUAAAAAAAAAAAUGUCCUUUGAAUUUUGUGUUUUGUUGUAAAAGGUCUAUUUGAAGCAAAUACUUUAUGGUAGUUCCUUUAAAAUGUAUUUUGUGAGCUUUAUACUCGACACGUUACAGAGGUUUUUGCAAUGGAUAAAAGAAAAGCAAAUUGUUCUCAGUGGAGGUGUUGCCUCUCCAUGCGUUACCUGGAGCCUGAGGAUCUGUGAGGGGAUUUGGGUGGUGUUAGAGGAGCUACAGUGAUAAAUUGGAAAUGAAUUUGUCGUUAUUCAGGUGUGGAUUCAAGAUGAGCUGCAGAAAUACCUGGAGAAAGAAGAGCAGCGAGCUCAGUUUUGGUUUGAUCCUUUUUCUAUUAAAUAAUCACAUGGAAGGGCGUUCAGGACAAAGCUGUUGCAGAUGAAAUAUUCCUCUUAAUGUGCCAUCUGAAGCUGUGGAAAAAAUAUUGUAAUGCUACAAAUGUGUAAGAGUCACACCAAUUUGUAGGUCAUUAGUCCACGGUGUUGACUGGUGCCUUGGGGUCUUUGGGGGGUGAUCAUUAAAAGAACAUUUUAUUUAA